UCUUUUCAUCGAACUCAAGAAGCAAAGUUCAACCAAAGCAUCGCAUCCGUCUUCUCAGAAAAUAAAUCUUUUGUUAGAAAUGGCCAUUCCAGUCAUUGAUUUCUCAAAGUUGAAGGGCAAGCAAAGAGCCGAAACUUUGGCACAGAUUGCCAAUGGAUGUGAAGAAUGGGGAUUCUUUCAGGUCUGUUGUCAUGGAGGAUGUGCUUUCAUGUUCCCGAUCUUCUUCCUUUCUCCCGUCCAUGGUUCUUCUGAACAUGAAGCUGGUACUUAUUCCAAGUAAUCUAAUGUGCUUGCAGCUGGUGAACCAUGGGAUUCCGGUGGAGCUUCUGGAUCGCGUGAAGAAGGUAUGCUCGGAGUGCUAUCGGCUCAGAGCGAAGGGCUUCAAGGGAUCCAAACCAGUGCAGCUGUUGAACAAACUGGUGGACAAAGAAGGGGAAGAGGCCGAUGUUAAGCGCUUGGAUAACGUGGACUGGGAGGAUGUUUUCCUUCUCCAGGACGACAACGAAUGGCCGUCCAACCCUCCGGAGUUCAGCGAGAUCAUGAAGGAGCACAGGGAAGAGCUGAGGAAGCUGGCUGAGAAAGUGAUGGAAGUAAUGGAUGAGAAUAUGGGGUUUGAGAAUGGCUACAUCAAGAAAGUAUUUUCAGGAAACGGUGAGCACCAGCCCUUCUUCGGCACCAAGGUGAGCCACUAUCCGCCAUGCCCGCGCCUGGACCUCGUAAACGGCCUUCGCGCCCACACCGAUGCUGGCGGUGUCAUCCUCCUCUUCCAGGACGACCAAGUUGGUGGCCUCCAGAUCCUAAAAGAUGGGAAGUGGAUCGAUGUGCAGCCUGUGGCCAAUGCCAUCGUCAUCAACACCGGAGACCAGAUCGAAGUACUCAGCAACGGUCGCUACAAGAGCGUGUGGCACCGCGUGCUCACGACCAGCGAUGGCAACCGCCGCUCCAUUGCUUCGUUCUACAACCCCUCCUUGAAGGCCACCAUCACUCCGGGAAUCAGCAACGACGACGCUCCAGCUUUGUACCCCAAGUUUGUUUUCGGGGAUUACAUGGAGGUGUACGUGAAGCAGAAGUUCACGGCCAAAGAGCCCAGGUUUGAUGCAGUGAGAGCUAUGUAAGGAUAAGUUAAUGAUUAUCGAAGUUAUGUUCUGAGAAUAUUCUUUUGUAUCA